AUGUCAACUAGACCACAAGUUUCAGUUAUCUCAACUUCAGGUGAAAAAACCUCAUCACAAUUACCAUUACCAGCUGUUUUCUCAGCUCCAGUUAGACCAGAUUUAGUUCACUCUGUUUUCACCAGAGUUAACAAAAACAAAAGACAAGCUUACGCUGUCGCUGCCAAAGCUGGUGCUGAAACCUCAGCUGAAUCAUGGGGUACUGGUAGAGCUUUAGCCAGAAUUCCAAGAGUUGGUGGUUCAGGUACUCACAGAUCUGGUCAAGCUGCUUUCGGUAACAUGUGUAGAGGUGGUAGAAUGUUCGCUCCAACCAAAGUUUGGAGAAGAUGGAACAUCAAAGUUAACCACAACGAAAAAAGAUAUGCUACCGCUUCAGCUAUUGCUGCUUCAGCUGUUACUUCUUUAGUUUUAGCUAGAGGUCACAGAGUUGAACAAGUUGCUGAAUUACCAUUAGUUGUUUCAAACGAAUUCGAAUCAGUUAAAAAGACUAAAGAAGCUGUUGCUGUCUUAAAAGCUGUUGGUGCUCACAAAGAUGUUGUUAAAGUCAUCAAAUCUAAAAAAUUAAGAGCCGGUAAAGGUAAAUUGAGAGGUAGAAGAUUCACUCAAAGAAGAGGUCCAUUAGUUGUCUACUCAGAAGAUAACGGUUUAGUUAAAGCUUUAAGAAAUGUUCCAGGUGUUGAAACUGCUUCAGUUAAACACUUAGGUUUAUUACAAUUAGCUCCAGGUGCUCACUUAGGUAGAUUCGUUAUCUGGACCCAAGGUGCUAUUGAAUCAUUAGAUUCAAUCUACGGUUCUGAUUCAACCAAAUCAAUCAAAUCUAACUACUCAUUACCAUCAAACAUCAUCUCAAACACUGAUGUUAACGGUAUCAUCAACUCCGCUGAAGUCCAAUCAGUUGUUAGAGCUGCUGGUUCUGCCACCCAAAAGAGAACUCACGUUUUAAAGAAGAACCCAUUAAAGAACAAACAAGUUUUAUUAAGAUUAAACCCUUACGCCAAAACUUUCUCCUCAGAAAAAUUAGGUUCUGCUAAAGCUGAAGCCUCAAAAGCUAAACCAUCAAAAGGUGCUUUUGCUAAAGUUUUAAAAGAUUAA